AUGGCAUACAAAGCUAUUGUUGAAUAUGGUCUUAAUCAGACAAUAGGUCCUGUGUCAAUUGCCAUCCUUUCCAAUGGUGGAAUGGAUGAAUUUGGCGGAUCAGUUCCUUGGGGAAGAGACCAGGGACACCUUGUUGAUCUUAUUCAAAGAGAAGUGAAAGCAUUGCUGCAGUCUGCGCUGGAAGUAUCACUUUCCAUUGUGCGAGCCAAUCCUACAGUUUUGGAGGGUCUAGGUGCUCAUUUAGAAGGUGUUGGACUUAUCUCAACUACCCUUCGUCGCUUUGGAGGUUUUGGACCUACCAUUUUUAUCCUUGAUGGUGGUGGUAGUGGUGGUGGUAGAGGUAAGGAUGGUGGUGAUGUUAGAGGUGGAGGUGAAGAUGGUUGUGGUGGUAUAGUUGGAGGUGAAGAUGGUGGUGGUACAAGUGAAGGUAAAGAUAGUGAUGGUAGUGGUGGUAGAGGUGGAGGUAAAGAUGGUGGUGGAGGGAAAGAUGGUGGUGGUGGUGGUGAUAGUAGAAAUGGAUGUAAAGAUGAUGGUGGUGGUGGAGAUGAAGAUGAACUUGUUGGUGGUAAUCCUUCAGUUGAAGCAAUUCUUCUUCAGUGUAAAAAUGUGGAGCAUCUUGAGAUAUUAACCAAUCCAACAUAG